ACAGGUGUUGUGUGGCGUGAAAGAGAAUCAUUCAGUGGAGCCUCUGAUCACCCAAAUCACUUUGGCUACAGCCACAGAGCUGGAGAAAGAAAACCUUCCAGCCCCUAUCAUCCUGGCUCCUGCACCACAAAGGAGAGAGCGCUCAUUUGCCCCUCAGAAUUUUGUGUUCAAGCCUCUGGAGGGUUUGAUGGCCUACAAAGCCAAGCCCAUGUCACCUUCCAAGGCAGAUGUAUUCUUGUCGCCCAGUCUUUGCUGGAGCCCUGCAGAGACCACCAGCAAAGUCCCUGGAGAAGGUGCUCUGGAAGCUUUGCCACAGGACUGUGGGCUUAAACAGAAGGUCUCUAGCCCAGGAAAGAUAAAGGAACAUCCAUCUGUACUUGAAUUUCCAGAUGCUAACACAGAAUGUGUAACUAAAGAAACAAUGGAUGCUGCUCCCUUUGAAAAGCAGGUCAAUCCGCAGAAAGUGGAUCUGCCAGCAAGCGAUUCAUCUGACCCAGCAGGAGAGCCACAACACGAUGUGCCCUAUUUCAGAAACCUCCUUCGGUGCGAGGCAGAGAGACUGGCAUCGCAUUGCCUUGAGUGGGAUGGAGCAGCUGAGGCAGAUAUUCCAGAGGAUGCCAAAGAUCUGGUCCGUACCACUGUUGGGCAAACCAGGCUGCUGAUAGCAGAGAGAUUCAAGCAGUUUGAAGGGCUGGUGGAUAACUGUGAGUUCAGACGCGGAGAAAAGGAAACAACCUGUGAUGAUCUGGAUGGAUUCCGGGAUAUGGUGAACUUCCAAGUAGAAGACGUAAAGAAAAAAUUUGAGAACUUGAGGAAGCUCCAGGAGAAUGGAUGGCAAAUGGCAGAUGAUGUCCAGGCCAAGAGACCCCUCAAGGUAUGAGAGGCUUCUGUAAUUCUGCUCUUGGGUUGUCA